CGGCCUCGCGUUUUCCCCGGGCCGCCGCUCGUUCCCUGCGCGUGGUCUCCGCCGUUCCCUACCCGCCUUCCCCUCCCACUGAGCUCGCACGCGACGCGCAGCUCCCGGGCUCCAGGAGGCGGCGGCGGCGCGCAGCGGGCGCCCCGAGGAGUCCCGGGAGGCGGGGUCAGGGCGGGCCGGUUCCCGGAAGCCGCUGCCUGCGGAGCCCGCCGAGCGGACCGGCGCGCCGGCCCGGAGCUCCAGCAUCCUCUCAGCCGGGAGCGCCUUUCGGAGCCGCGCACACGGCCGCUGCGCUCCCGCCCGGCCGCGCGUACCCUAGGCAAGAUGCUGCCCGUGCACACCGAGGUGAAGCCCAACCCGCUGCAGGACGCCAACCUCUGCUCGCGCCUGUUAUUCUGGUGGCUCAACCCCUUGUUUAAAACUGGUCACUCGCGGAGGUUGGAGGAAGAUGACAUGUUCUCAGUGCUUCCAGAAGAUCGCUCCAAGCACCUCGGAGAGGAACUGCAAGGGUACUGGGAUAAAGAAGUCCUGAGAGCCAAGAAGGACGCACGGAAGCCUUCCUUAACCAAGGCGAUCAUAAAGUGUUACUGGAAAUCUUACCUGGUUUUGGGAAUUUUUACGUUAAUUGAGGAGACCACCAGAGUAGUCCAGCCCGUACUUUUAGGGAAAUUCAUUGAGUAUUUUGAGAACUAUGAUCCCAGCGACUCCGUGGCUCUGCAUACAGCUUACGGCUACGCCGCGAUCCUGUCUGCGUGCACGCUCCUCCUGGCUGUGUUGCACCACCUGUACUUUUACCACGUGCAGUGCGCCGGGAUGAAGCUGAGAGUUGCCAUGUGCCACAUGAUUUACCAGAAGGCACUUCGUUUAAGUAAUGCGGCCAUGGGGAAGACAACCACGGGCCAAAUAGUCAACCUGCUGUCCAACGAUGUCAACAAAUUUGACCAAGUAACAAUCUUCCUGCACUUUCUGUGGGCGGGUCCACUGCAGGCCAUUGCCGUAACCGUCCUUCUCUGGAUGGAAAUUGGCAUCUCCUGCCUGGCUGGCAUGGCUGUUCUGGUUAUUCUUCUGCCUCUGCAAAGCUGUAUCGGGAAGCUGUUCUCGUCGCUGCGGAGUAAGACCGCAGCUUUCACGGAUGCCAGGAUUAGGACCAUGAAUGAAGUCAUCACAGGCAUGAGGAUAAUAAAGAUGUAUGCCUGGGAGACGUCGUUUGCCGACCUGAUCACCAAACUGAGGAAGAAGGAAAUUUCCAAGAUUUUGGGCAGCUCCUACCUCAGAGGGAUGAACAUGGCGUCAUUUUUCAUUGCGAACAAAAUCAUUCUGUUUGUGACCUUCACUACCUAUGUCUUGCUUGGCCAUGAGAUCAAAGCCAGCCACGUGUUUGUGACCAUGAGUCUGUAUAGUGCCGUUCGGCUGACCGUCACCCUCUUCUUCCCCUCGGCCAUUGAGAAAGUGUCUGAAUCAGUAAUCAGCAUUCGGAGGAUCAAGAACUUUCUGUUGCUUGAUGAACUUCCACAGCGCAAAGCCCAGGAACCAUGUGACGGCAAAGCCAUCGUCCAUGUGCAAGAUUUUACUGCUUUCUGGGACAAGGCCUUAGAUACUCCAACCCUGCAAGGCCUUUCCUUUACCGCCAGACCUGGUGAAUUGUUAGCUGUGAUUGGUCCAGUGGGAGCAGGCAAGUCGUCACUGUUGAGCGCGGUGCUGGGUGAACUGCCUCCGUCCAGCGGGCUCGUCAAUGUGCACGGGAGGAUCGCCUACGUUUCUCAGCAGCCCUGGGUGUUCUCGGGAACCGUGAGGAGCAAUAUUUUAUUUGGGAAGAAAUACGAGAAGGAGCGCUAUGAGAAAGUGAUCAAGGCCUGCGCUUUGAAGAAGGACCUGCAGCUUCUGGAGGAUGGAGAUCUGACUGUGAUAGGAGACCGGGGAGCCACGCUCAGCGGAGGGCAGAAAGCACGGGUGAACUUGGCACGGGCAGUCUACCAAGACGCCGACAUCUACCUCCUCGACGAUCCACUCAGCGCAGUAGAUGCGGAAGUGGGAAAACACCUCUUCCAGCUGUGCAUCUGUCAGACCCUGCACGAGAAGGUCACCAUUUUAGUGACUCAUCAGCUGCAGUACCUAAAAGCUGCCAGCCACAUCCUGAUAUUGAAAGAUGGACAAAUGGUGCAGAAGGGGACGUACACCGAGUUUCUCAAGUCCGGCAUAGACUUCGGCUCCCUUUUAAAGAAGGAGAAUGAGGAAGGAGAGCACUCCCCAGCUUCAGGAACCCCCACCCUCAGGAAGCGGACCUUCUCCGAGUCCUCCAUUUGGUCCCAGCAAUCGUCCAGACCCUCCCUGAAAGAUGGGGCUCCGGAGGGCCAAGAUACAGAAAACACACAGGCAGCGCAGCCCGAGGAGAGCCGUUCAGAAGGGAAAGUUGGCUUCAAGGCCUACAAGAAUUACUUCGCUGCGGGUGCAUCUUGGUUUUUCAUCGUUUUCCUCAUUCUGCUGAACAUGGCGGCGCAGGUUUUCUACGUCCUUCAGGACUGGUGGCUUUCCUACUGGGCAAACCAGCAGAGUGCGCUGAAUAACACCGAGAACGGGAAUGGAAGUGUAACCGAGACCCUAGAUCUUAACUGGUACUUAGGAAUUUACGCAGGUUUAACUGCCAUUACGGUCCUUUUUGGCAUCGCGAGAUCACUAUUGGUCUUCUAUGUUCUUGUAAAGGCUUCCCAGACUUUGCACAACAGGAUGUUUGAGUCCAUCCUGAAAGCUCCGGUCUUGUUCUUCGAUAGGAACCCAAUAGGAAGAAUUUUAAAUCGUUUCUCCAAAGACAUCGGACAUAUGGAUGACUUGCUCCCCCUGACGUUUCUUGACUUCAUCCAGACGCUGUUACUUGUGGUGAGUGUGAUAGCCGUGGCGGCUGCAGUGAUUCCCUGGAUCCUCAUUCCCUUGGUGCCCCUCGCCAUCCUCUUCCUGAUCCUUCGGAGAUACUUCUUAGAGACGUCAAGGGACGUCAAGCGCCUGGAGUCCACAACUCGGAGUCCCGUGUUCUCCCACCUGUCAUCGUCCCUACAGGGACUCUGGACCAUCCGGGCGUAUCGAGCGGAAGAGCGGUUCCAGGAGUUGUUCGAUGCACACCAGGACCUGCAUUCAGAGGCUUGGUUCUUGUUUUUGACGACGUCGCGAUGGUUUGCCGUGCGUCUGGAUGCCAUCUGUGCCGUCUUUGUCAUCGUCGUUGCCUUUGGGUCCCUGAUUCUGGCAAAAACGCUGGACGCUGGGCAGGUUGGCUUGGCCUUAUCCUAUGCCAUCACACUCACGGGGAUGUUCCAGUGGUCUGUGCGGCAGAGCGCCGAAGUGGAGAAUAUGAUGAUUUCUGUGGAGAGGGUGAUUGAAUACACAAACCUAGAGAAGGAGGCGGCUUGGGAGUACCAGAAGCGCCCACCCCCGGGCUGGCCCCACGAAGGGGUGAUUGUGUUCGACAACAUGAGCUAUACCUACAGCUUGGAUGGGCCUCUGGUCCUCAAGCACCUGACGGCCCUCAUCAAAUCCAGAGAGAAGGUUGGAAUCGUGGGAAGAACAGGAGCUGGAAAAAGUUCCCUCAUCUCGGCCCUUUUCAGACUGUCAGAACCCGAAGGAAAAAUUUGGAUUGAUAAGAUCUUGACAACUGAAAUUGGACUUCAUGAUUUAAGGAAGAAAAUGUCAAUCAUACCUCAGGAACCUGUUCUGUUCACUGGAACAAUGCGGAAGAACCUGGACCCCUUCAAUGAGCACACUGAUGAGGAGCUGUGGAACGCCUUAGAAGAGGUACAGCUUAAAGAGGCCAUUGAAGACCUCCCUGGCAAAAUGGAUACUGAAUUAGCAGAAUCCGGAUCAAAUUUUAGUGUUGGACAGAGACAAUUAGUGUGCCUCGCGAGGGCGAUUCUAAAGAAAAAUCGGAUAUUGAUCAUCGAUGAAGCAACAGCAAAUGUGGAUCCGAGAACUGAUGAGCUAAUACAACAGAAGAUCCGGGAGAAGUUCGCCCAGUGCACUGUGCUUACCAUUGCUCAUAGAUUGAACACUAUCAUAGACAGUGACAAGAUAAUGGUUUUGGAUUCGGGAAGACUGAAAGAAUAUGAUGAGCCGUAUGUUCUGCUACAGAAUCCAGAGAGCCUCUUCUACAAGAUGGUUCAGCAACUGGGCAAGGGGGAAGCCGCUGCCCUCACCGAAACAGCAAAACAGGGCCUGGAGAGCUGGCUCAGCAGUGAAGAGCAUCUGCUGCUCAAUUGUGAGGACCGGAGUGCGGGUCCCCAAACUCAGGUGUACUUCAGAAGGAAUUAUCCAGACAUUGCAUUCACCAGCCCCGUGGCUACGAACACCUCCAAUGGACAGCCCUCGGCCUUAACAAUCUUUGAAACAGCGUUGUGACUGCCGGGAUGCAGAGCCUGUUCCGAAGGCCUUCCCCUGAUGGGGUUGCACUUUGUAUGGGGUUGAAAACAGCACACUCCGUUUUCACUCCGCAGCAAACCCUUCACACACGAGAUACUGGUGUCUGGAUUUCUCCCUUCACCUUUGUUCAGUGAUUUCAGGUUCUAACAAAACGGCCGAUUGUUUUAUUGAAAUGUCCCAGCUGCGCUCUUCAUAUCCGAUUCCGAGGUGCCAGCCACUGACAGCAGCUGUCUACCAGGUUUUGUGCCUUAAAAGACUCUAGGGCCGAAGCCCAUUUGUUCUGUAAGCUGUCGCAAGCAGUUCGUUUCUUUCCUGUUGCCUUUCAAAGUACACUUUUCCAGUUAUAUCAGGGACUCCAUUUACUUGAAGACUGUGUGAAGUUGCCAGUGUGCCCCCCACCUUCUUUGACAUAGAUAGCUAGGACCCCUUACCUCCCCUCAAAGGCCUCUGCCUAAAAUAGUACAAGUAAAAUUAACAAGAAUAAGAAAAACCAGAUCCUUCAAUGGCAUUGCAAUAGAGAGAGCCUUUCCCUCGGCUCAUACAUACACAGAGAUAUGUGGCUAAAGUAUGGGCGGACAUUUAUGUUGGAAAAAGUAAGAUUUUGCUUUCUCGGUGGGAGCCCUGCUAGGUGGUUUGGUGAAGGGAACACAAACGUCCCUUCCAGUUUAAGUUAGCAUCUCAGGAUGAACUGCUCCUGGGCUGAUGGACUCAGCAUUGCGGUCCUUUUCCCGGAACAGUGGCUCUCACAUGGGUAGUAUUACUUUCAUCUUGCCUCUGUUGACAGAAGGUAAGCCUCCAUGGGCCGCAAGCCUUUCGUGAAAUCCUUCCAAAUGGACAUGCAGAGGUCCUCGUGGCGUGAAAACCCUGAAAGUCGCUGCAGGCCAUUGCUGUAACUGCGCUUCCCCGUUCUCAGGACCCAUGCAGACACUUCACUUUCUAGGGCCCAUCCAAAUCAGUUUACUUCUGACUACUAAUGGCAGGUCUUGGGGACCUUCUGAUUGGGGACCUUGGGGUUCUGAUUAGUCAAUCAACAACCACAACACUCCUUGGACCUGCUGGACUCCACGUAACCACAGGUCUUAAAUUUUCCUGGAUGGUGGUAGCCAUGCAAUCUGUUGUGUUCAUGCUACUAAAGGCUUUACUGUCAUGAUUUAAAGUGAUCUGUCACAAUAAACCACCCUCGAGUUACAUAUGUUAAUAUAGACAUGCUCACAUAGGAUCAUGUGUGUAUAUGUCAAUCCAUAUAAAUACAUAUAUAUGUACAUAUAUAUGUAUCAGGUUUUAGACUAGUUAACAGAACAAAGCCUGUUUUAUAAAAUGGAACCUCAAAAGCACACACAUAGCAAAACACCAAACACGGAGUGCAGUGGCUGUUUGACUCUUGGUAUUCAGAAGUCUGUAAUUAGUGUUAUAAUGUCUAGUCCAAUAAGUGAUAUACAUCUGUUCAUUAGUAGUCAUGGCUACUAUUUCAGGAGCCUGGGAUGCAGCAAUGGCAAUAAUAAGGUCUGUUUGAAUAUUUAGAAAUGUUUUGAAUGUAUAUAUGUUUAUUUGGUCUUUAGAAAUUAAAGUCAGUCAUAUAAACGUG